AUGACAUUCCGACCAACACCAUUUAGCUGGUCGAAAUCUUUUGGUCUGAGAUGGCAAUAUAAUUCAUCAACAAUGUAUCAACAACAGCAUAAUAAACAAACAAGAAAUAUUCUACAACCCUUGUCUAAUGCGACUCACAUGGCCCAGAUUUCACAACUGAUGCAAAAGCCACAGACAAUGGGCCAAAGAAGAUACUUUAGUUACUACUAUUAUCAAUUUCCUAAAAUCCCUAGACCCAAAAGAAAUGUCUUUUACUAUAGCACUUGGUCAAGAGGUGGAGGAGCAAGUGGUGGUAAUGGUGGCAAUGGUGGCUACAACAACUCCAUUAACAAGAAUAGAUCGUACUACAAAUUCGCAAGGUUCCCCUUUCCUAGAAUUUCCAAAAGACUGUUUUCAUCAGCUAAUCAAAAGAUUAAAAAUAACACCAAAAAGAUACAUAGACGUUUCUUUUCGAGUGAGGCUAGAUCAAGAAGACAACAAAGAAGGAAAUUUAUCAAGUGGUGGACUAUAACUUCGAUAUCGAUUGUUUUGGGUGGAGUUGCCGCCAAAAUCAAGUAUGAUCGAGGUGAAGAACACGAGAAUCCAUACAAAAUUAGACCCCAUUCUUGGCAAUUGUAUGCCUAUUCUACUCUCCCCUUGAAGACAAUUUCAAGAUUAUGGGGGUAUGUAAAUUCAAUCGAUUUACCGGUGUUUCUUAGAUCUCCACUGUACCGUUUAUAUUCAGCAAUAUUUGGAGUAAAUUUGGAUGAAAUGGAGAAUCCUGAUUUGAAAAGUUACAAAAACUUGUCUGAGUUCUUUUAUCGUACAUUGAAGCCUGGUGUACGACCAAUUUCAGACGAUGAUGUUGUAAGCCCAGCUGAUGGUAAAGUAUUAAAGUAUGGUGUUAUCGAUCAGGGCGAAAUUGAACAAGUUAAAGGAAUGACUUAUUCUAUCGAUGCGUUAUUGGGAAUGUCUUCAACUAGAAAGUUGGCUGCACCAACCCACUCUACCCAGUUUGAGGAUAUGGAUGGCGAUGACGAUACCAAAGUUAAAAGGGAUGAGGAAUUUGCCAAGUUGAAUGGGAUUUCAUAUACAGUUGACGAUAUUCUUGGAGGAGAAGGUGAAAAUACCCAUCAUAUGAAUGAGUUAACCUAUACUGAUGUCAAAGAAGGUACGGCAAAGGGUGACAAAGCCUCUUUUUCCAAGGAAAUGGCAGUAGCUGAAGAGUUGGCGCCCAACCCAAAAGAAACUUUCCGUCACAAACAAUUGUAUUUUGCUGUUAUUUACUUGGCACCCGGUGAUUACCAUCACUUUCACUCACCAACAAGUUGGGUAGCUACAUUGAGACGUCACUUCAUUGGUGAAUUAUUUUCAGUCGCUCCAUUUUUCCAAAAGACAUUGCAAGGUUUGUUUGUCCUUAAUGAACGAGUUGCUUUGUUGGGUUAUUGGAAGUAUGGAUUUUUCUCCAUGGUACCUGUUGGAGCAACAAAUGUUGGUUCAAUUGUCGUUAAUUUCGACAAAGAUUUGAAAACGAAUCUGUAUUAUGAAGAUGAAGUGUACGGCAAUGGAUCCUCAUCCAGUUCUUCAUCGGCAUCAGCAAGGUCAUCGUCAACAUCCUUGCCUGGUUCAGCACUGGAGAACACUCCCUUACUUCAAAGAGAAUAUUCCGCCUCAACCAUCUUUCAAGAAAUUGAGGAUCGCAAGCGUAAGAAGUUGAAAAAGAAUACUGUUUAUGAAGCCACUUACACUAAUGCCAGUAGAAUCUUGGGCGGAUACCCAUUAUCCAAAGGUCAGGACAUGGGUGGAUUUAAAUUGGGAUCAACUGUGGUCUUGGUGUUUGAAGCUCCCGAUAAUUUCAAGUUUGAUAUUGAAGUUGGUGAUAAGGUUAAAGUUGGUCAAUCGUUGGGUAAAUUUGAGUAG